GGUGACAGUGGUGGUAGGACGUGGGGAGUGUAGGCAGGUUUACAUAAGGGAGGGGAAGCUGUCUGAGGGACCAGGAGGCACGGGAGAAUGGAGAAGGGAUUUGGAAGACGGGGGUGGGUAGAGACGGAGGAGGAGCAAAAGUCACAGAAGGGCUACACCCAACCUGCCUGCCAUGCCUCGUCACUGCUCUGCCGAAGGCUGCCGAUCCAGGGACACAAAGGAUUCAAGAAUUAAUGGCAUCACCUUUCACAGGUUGCCAAAGAAGGGAAAAAGUCAGCGUGAGAUCUGGUUAUUGAACUGUUGUCGUAAGAACCCGGAUGGGACUGUUCCCUGGAAGCCAUCCUCACAGUUUGUCUAUUUCUGUUCAAAACACUUUGAAAGACAAUGCUUUGAACUUGUCGGACUGAGUGGUUAUCACCGGCUGAGAGAUGAUGCUGUCCCCACACUGUUCCAACCCAGUCCCCGAGGAAAAGUGGCAUUGCCCAGGGCAAGCAGAGAAAAGGCAGCAGAGCCAGUGGCUACCAGUGAAUGCCUCACUAACGAAGUUGCCUUACCUGAUGUGGAUCUCGGGAAUCCCAGUCCCAGCCUGGAGACGAGCUUCUGCAUUUCCCCGGAUGCUCCCGCCUACGUUCUGGAUUACUCCGUUCCUCAGGAGACCGUGAAUGGAAACAUCUGCCCGGACAAAGUGUUGCUAACCGAGGUCCCGCUUUACUCGAGCCAGUCUGAGCUGGAGACCUCGGCACCCACGGUAAUAUACCUGGUGGACACGGAGGCAAAACCGGUGGAGUUCAGCAACAGUGCAAGCUCUGAGGAAGCCUCCAAGGACGUCUCAUUGACUGAAGUGUCGGACAGCUGCCAGGAAGAGCCACACAAUGUCAGGACUCCCAUUCCCAUUGAUCUGUAUAUGGCACGCAUCCCCAGCGCAUCCCUGAAUCCAGCGGCUCACGUUUCUGCCGAGCACAGUUACGCUGUGGGCUGCCCGCUGGUCUGGAAGAAGAGAGCGGAGGCCCUGAAGGAGGCCUUUGAGAAGGUCAAUAAGGAUCUGCGUGCGAGCAGGAAGCGGGAGAGCCGCCUGAGGGCCCGCAUUUCCUCCAUCCUGAGGGCACGAGGCCAGCGGCUGCGAGACAAGCAGCUGAAGCUGGACUUGACCGGCGAUCUACCUUCGCAGGUAGAAAUGUUUGAGGUCCAGGUAAUGGAUGAGACUGUCGGCCUCUGCAGCCCACUCACCAGCUGAACUGAGCUGAGCCUCCGGGACGGUGAAACCAGAGCACAAUGUGCGGAGAGCUGUCACACAGAGGUAGUGGAGAGAGACAGGGGAAGGAAGUGUACCGCGGGUGCGCGUGCGUGCGUGUGUGAUUGGUAAGGAGGGGUGAGGACAUGGGAAUGAAGGGAAUUUAGUAGGGGAGGAGAUGGGGACGUAGGUGUUCCGGGUGGAGAGUGUUUGGUGGGAAACCAGGAAAGAUAGAGCUGGAGGAAGGUUCUGUGAGGAAAGGGGAUGCAGAGUGUUCCCUGAGUGGAGGGCUUAGCAGAGGUUUCCUGGAGGAACUAACGCAUAUUGAGGAUCAGUUGCUGGGGGUGGGGUGGGGCUUGGUUGACGACAGGAGGUCUCUGCCGAAGGUGGGGGUUCUGGGUGAGGAGAGAAAAGUGCGAGUCCUUGCUGGUGAGGUUAGCAGGUGAGUCGGGCAGGAACGUUGGGGGAGAGGUGGGAAGGAGACAAAGAGAGGAGAGAUGAGGAGGAUGGGAGAAGAGAUGAAAUGGUAUGAUAGGAGAGGGAACUAUGUGACAGCCAUCGUCAUUGUUCUGACACACCAAGCUGAACAGGAGGGCAGUUAUUUACAAACAGUUGCUCAUUUUUGUCUGGCACGAGAUGUAUCUGUUGUGUAUGAUGCUUCAGUUAAAAAUAAAGAAACUUGGAACAUUACGAUGGAGAA